AUGAACGUUAACUCAGUCAUAUACUACAUUUUAUUCCUUUUUGCAUCAACAAUCCUUGCGGCAGAUAAAACGUCCAGUUCAGUAUCACCUACUUUAGUAUGGGUCACAGGUACUGAUGCCAAUGGGAAAUUAGCCACCACCCAAUCAACAUAUUAUCAAAGCUUUAUGAGUACUUAUACCACAGCUGAAACCCCAUCGUCUGGUUCUAUUGGAUUGGGGUCAAUCAGUGGAACAGUAGGAGAAAUCAGAACUUAUAGUAUGACUACUAUAUCACAAGGUAAUGGUGGGUUAUCAAAAUUCAAUCAAAAUGGUUUAGAAAUGAAGAAUUUGUCAUUUGUUAAAUUAAUUGGGGUUUCUUUUAUUGCAUUCAUUUCAUUCAUUUUAUUAAUAUAG